UCGAAGUCUGAUGGCAAAGGAACUUGCGAACUAAACAAGCACGAUGGCUCUGUUGUUAAAGAAAACAUGCAUUUGCAGUUGGAGGAAGGUGCCACUUUCUCAAUGCCUCUAAAGGUAAGGAACAACCUAAAAUGCCUCAUUUGGCUUAAAGGGCUUCGCAAGAUUAAGUUCAUGCAACUGCAGUUUAAUUAACAUUUAAAUUGUUAAUUGGAGAUCAAUUUUGAAAUUAACUAGUGUGUCUUUAUAUCGCUAAUUGACUCAUUUGAACUAAAGUCCUCAGUGCCACAUUUCUCUUUAGCAGUUUUUAAAAUUUUAAGGCUGGAAAGUGAAAUUCAUGACCACAGCAUUAUAAUUGAAGUUGAGCAAAAACCUAACUUCGAUGUGAAAAAUAGAUGUCUUGAACUUCCUCAAAUUAUGGGUGUAUAUGAUUGGAAAAAAUUACUGUUAUUGCACAAGAAAACCAAGAGCAUAGCUAUUUUAUAAACGCGCUAGUCGGCACUUUCUAUCGAUUUACCAGCCUAAUAACUAGUAUGAGGUAUUGGGAGAACACGAGUAUUACUGUAAAUCAUGAGUCAAAAGGGAUUGUUGUGCUAACAUAUUCCGUGUGCGAUAUCGUCGCUAAAAUGAUAAAAGGAUCGAUUUAUUGCUAAAUAGCCAACAGGUGCUCUUCACGGCAAAGUGUGUUAGAAAAAAUUAGCAUACAUUUUUAAGACUACUACCCUUCUCAACGCUUUUUUUCGUUUUGAUUUGCUAACAAUGAAUCUCCUUUACAGAGAAAUUAUUUACGCUAGAUUUCUAUAUUAUUCUUGAGUAUUCUGAGUUACGAGCAGCUGGCAUCAGACAAAAUUUAAUCCUUGAUUUCGUGUAUGCCACGAUCUUAAUACAGUCGAAAUGCAAGCAAUAAAAACCUACCUUUCCACUUUUUUUUUCUGUUUUGAGGUUUUAAUCAGAGCUGUUUUUUUUUUAAAGCGAAAUGGAUGUAUGCCUCGAAUAAUGGCAUGAAUUGACAAACAAUUGAAUUGACAAAUACUGUGCAGGACUCAGAAGCGGUUUUUUCUAGAGGAAUGUAGUUUAACAAAAUUGUAAUUUGUGCAGGCGACAUGUUAAGCGAACGGGUUUGUUGUUUUUGCUUGUUUUGUCUUUUUGAAAACUGAAUUUUUUACGCCUAGCUGUAGUACCAGACACACAACCUGCAUAACGACCAAAGAGAACUAGUAAGAAUAAUCGUUGUUAUUUCUAUACCCAUAAUUUUAAACCCUUUGUUUUAGUUGUUCGUUAACCCCCUUUUCUGCGAAAAGAUCCACCCACCUCAUGCAGUUCGUGAGCCGCAAAAAACAAGCUGGCUGCACCAAACAAAUAUUUUGUUUCCCCGCCGACGUUUGAGACCUUUGGUGAUAGCAUUCAUCGAUUACCGGUUUAGCAUGAAAGUUAGAAGUUCUUUUUCAUGAAAACGGAAAAAUACUUCUCCUUUAACUAACUAAGGACAAUAAUAACAAGAAGAGAUGAAGAAAAAUAUUCCAUCGGGCGUUUGGUGAUAGGUAAAAUCAACUGCAAAUGUUAUGCACCUUAAAGAAACCAUUCACUAAUUAUGCAAAUUUUUGUAAAGAACAAAAAAACUAGAACUGAUGCUUGCCAGCAGAAGCAAGUUUUGGAAAUGGCACAUACACUUUCUUUUAUUCCCUUUUAAAUGAAAUCCUUUUCCAGCAAAUCUAGGAAUUUAGAAACAUCAUUGUUUGAUCGAGAUAUUUGAAAUUAUAUGCCAUCCCCCGCCAUUAUGGCUGAUGGGUUCAUAUUUGUUUCUCAUUUGCAUCACAAAAAAAAGUGCAGUGACUCCACCAUUAGUAAAAGCUUGAGGUUGCUUCGAAUCUCAUGUUACUGUGUUUGAAUAUGUAAUAGUUUUUAACUGAAGUUUAUAGAAGCUAGACCAUUAAUAAAAUAACAUGCCUUGACUUCGUUUGGCAGAAGUCAAUACAUGUACUUGUAGAUGUUGACUAAAUGCGUAGCUAAAAGCAAACUUUUUAGGCAGCCAGUGUUUUUUUUUUCGUUGUUUUUGCCUAUAAACGCAUUACCACCUUGUAAAUCAUAUUUCAGAAGUUUAUUGAAGAAUUGGCAAGGACAGAUAAAUUGUUUCGUUAAAUUUGGCGAUAGGGUAGGCUUGAUACCCACCCGGUUGUUGGAGCUGGAUCUCGGAGAUAACAAAAAAACCGUAGUUGAGAGCGUGACUAUUUUCCAGCCAACUUUUUUUAAUCCGUCAGUAGGGAAGUGAAAUAAUUUUGAAGCAUAUUUAUGUUGAUUUAUAUUCUUCUCAUUAUUCCAUCGGCUACUCUUUCUAUUUAGGAUUGCCGACUAGCAGCCAGCACCUGUUUAAAUGGUGGUGUGUGUUUUUAUGACGAGAAAAAGCAAACUUAUUCAUGCGAAUGCAAGCCCCCUUGGACCGGAGAAACUUGUGCUGAUCUGUGUAAGAAACAAAUUUGUAGAGUAGAAAGAAGUUGUAAUGUGCUGCCUGUCGAGAAAAGCUUGAGAGCAGUUUUCCUGUUACGUUUAUGUGCGUCAAUUGAAAAAAUGUAGCGAGACGGUUUUCUGCAAACAAGCAAACAAACUUCGUUCGAACGCUAUUUUGAUGAGAUCUUCUCCUUAAAAGUUUUCGCAUUGUUUUUCUUUUGUAACGCUCAUGCUUUAAGAGAUUUACUUCGAUUCAAAAGCGUUAUUAGCUAGACCACCUUAAUCAUAUAUGGUUUGAAGAUCGGUAGGUCAGUCGCCAUAUGACGUAGCUUCUUUUUACUGACAACAACUCUUUUGAAAUGUUGUCUUGUAAUCGCAAAAAGUUACCUGUGACAGCCAUCCCUGCAAAACCAUGGAACUUGCACAGAAGUCAACGAAUAUAACUGCAGCUGUGCACCAGGAUUUUACGGGACACAGUGUGAAAAGAUUGAAGGCCUGUCUUGCUCAUCAGGUUUGUAGAGACGUGUAUCGCAUUUUGAUGACAUAUUCUGAGAGCGCAAGCUUCCUUCUACAAAGAGAGGUUCUCGUGGAGAUGUGAAUGACAAUUUAACAUUUUAGAAAGUUCUAGAUGGAACAUUUAUUAAGGUUCUGGAAGACAGAAUACGCCGAUGUUUUAUUUUGAUAACGAUUUCUCAUAAAAAUUUUCGUUAACUAAUAAUCAUCAGCAACAGGAAGCUGUAAACGGUAUCUGAACAACUGCGCUCCUACCCCUGCCCUAACCCAACAAUCGUCAAUUGAUAACAAGUUAAGGUUAAUGUUGGGUUAGGGGAGGGGUAAGUGCAGUUGCUCGCAUACUUAUAUUGAUCCAAUCUAUCGCUUUUUAACUCUUUAUAUCAUAACAUCAGUAUGCAUAUUCUCCAUACUGUUCUGUAUACAUUUCCUAAGGUGCUGACGAGGCGAGUUUGUUUACCGAUCAAAAGCUUCUUUGGUUGGUGAUCAUUUCCUUUAUUCUCAUGACCUUAAUGUUUGAUUCAGCGCUGAUAUUGUAUGGAGAAAUUAGAUGCUAAUCACUCUUAGGGGUUAAAGAGUUCAAGAAGUAGAAAGUAACUAUUGGAUUUUAAAUUGUGUGAAAAGUUUAUACCUUAGUUUAUAUAAGGUUUUUUUGGCUUUAGAAGUCAGAAUAACUUCAAACGAGCUCACCUAUUUAGGAGAACACCACAAGCUACCUUUGACAUCUCAGAGCGCUCAAGAUACUUUUUCUUGUAUCUUUCUUUCUGGCGUGCGUGGUAGCCAUGCGGAAGCCAAAAAAAAAAGACAAUCUUUACUCUGGGUAUCUGUUGCAAUAACCGUUAGGAUUACUUUUGUAUGUCCCCUAUCUGCUGAAUAAUCCUCUCAUCCCGAAUUCUCUGGCCUAUUUAUUUCGUAAAGAGUUGUUCUUUUUAGACAGAACCCUUUGCACUUAGUGUUUAUCAGUUACGUACGUGAUCCGGUAGCGGACAUGAGAUAUAAAAUAAUUUCUGAAACAAGACUAAUCCGGAAAUUUCGCAGUGAGAUUCAUCCAAUUUAAGAGUUGCUUUGUCAUUUCAGUGAAACUGGAGUAAAGAAGAUUGUGUUUUGUUGUUUCCUACAGCUUACCGAAUGGUCUUUGGACAGCCUAACAUAAAGAGUUACGCCAGCAUAACAAACGCCACCUCGUCAAGUCUCUCGGAAUUUACUAUGUGCCUUUUUGUCAAAAUGAAGGAUACAAUUUUGAAUGGUGAACAGUGCCUCUACAGUUAUGCGACUAUUGGAGCACCUGGUGGAAUGCCUUCUACGUUUGUCUGUUUUACCCAGGAAUUAAGAUCUCUAUAGACACCUGGGGAAAAGAGUAAGUGAUAUGACAAACACGAUAGAUAAAGUCUGUACUCGAGUCAAGUGGGCCAUCCAGCCAAACCGUAUCCCGAUUUUCUUAAAAUAAAGCGACCCGUAGGAGUAUUAAUACUUCCCCCUGGAUUGGAUGCUAAUGCAAUUUCAGCAUUUCAUUCGGUUUCCCCGACAAUGUGCCGUAAUACUCCUGGGUGGAGUGAAGCACUGUAAGAAUAACGUCUGUCGCCCAAGAACACAACACAAUAACACAAUAGAAUAGGAUAGAAGAGAAGUAAAAAUAUACCGGAAUGAAUGGUGAAUUACGCGCGAUAAAGGGGCACGAAGAUGAAUUUUUUUAGGGUCCUUCGCUCAGCUUCAAAAAAAUGAUAUGCCUGUUUCCGCAAUGGGCUAAAGUGCUCCCAGCGGAGUAUUAUCGAGGCUUCUGAUUGUAUUUGGCGUUGUUAACAAUUACGUUCUCUUGUUUUUGCUCCCAAGCGACUUUAAAUAAAGAAUUAAAUAUGUCUAGUGAUUAAGUAAUUGUUAGUGAUAAAAUUAAAAGCUAUGGCGUGUUGGAGAUCGAAUGAAAUAAAUAGCAAUGGAAUUUAAAAAAGUUAAGUGACAUUAAAAUAACUUAAUUCAUCUCCCAUUCCAGCAGCUCACACGACAUUGUUAACAUUCAUUCCUAUUCUAUAUGUAGCACUAUAUGUAUAUAUAUACACAUAUAUAUCUUGAUGCCACAAUUGGACCGGUCAGUCAAGAAACGAGAGUUUCUAACAUAGUUUUAAUUGUUUAUGUUCAUUUUCUUGGUAGUACGGACACCAGAGUCAAAAUUGAUGAUACCAUGUGGCAUCACAUUUGUGUUACCUGGGAAAAAACCAAAGGCGACUGGCAGUUUUAUAUGGAUGGACAACUUCAAAGCAAUGGAACAGACCUGAAGAAAAAUCAUCAGAUACCAGCCGGCGGAACAGUUGUCAUUGGACAAGAUCAAGAUAGCGUCGGAGGGGGCUUUGAUAGCGCAGAGAGCUUUGGUCCGGGUGAGGUAACAGAAGUCAAUCUUUGGAGCAGAGUCCUUUCAGGGGAUGAAAUUGCAACUCAGAAGGCAAACUGUGACAUCGCACAAGCAGGCCUUGUUCUCUGGUGGGGACAAUUUAAAGGAAACGUUACUGGUGUGAAAAUAGUCGAGCCUUAA